CAAUGUCUGAGGAAAGCAUGUACCUUAUCGUAGGAUGUCUAAAGAGAUGUGGGACUGCCUGGAGGAGACGUACCUUCAAGCAACCAAAGAUAAGGAGUUUCAACUUAAGCAACAACUCCAAAACAUUAGGUUGGGCAGCAGAUCCACGAAUGAUUAUCUCAAAGAAUUCAAGGGCAUUUGCGAUGGUUUGGCAGCUAUACACAAGCCUGUGGAUGAAGAUAGUAAGGUAAUCAACUUUGCUAGAGGGCUAGGUCCCAAGUAUAGAACAUUUAGGACAGUUAUGCUAGGAAAGCCUCCAUAUAUCACCUUAAAUCAAUUGAUCAAUGCACUAAGAGGAUUCGAUAUAAGAGAGGAUGACGAAGAUACUCAACUAAAUCACAAUAUGGCUUUUCAAGCUCAAAGGUUUUAUCGAGGCCGUGGUGGAUCUAAUCAACGAAGAGGCAGCUUCUCUUCUAGAGGUAGAGGAUUUCGUCCUGCUGUUGGUCAAAACAAUCAGAUUACUCAAGGUAUGAAUGCCCAAAAAGGUAAGGAGAUCUCAUCGCCCUAUCAAAUUUGUGGUAGAAACAAUCAUACUUCUCUUAAAUGUUUCUACCGAUGGGAUUUCUCUUAUCAAGCGUCUGAUGAUCUUCCUCAAGCUCUAGUUGUAGUAAACUUACAGGACACAAAGAAUGAGGACAACACAAUGUAUGUCGACUCUGGGGCUAGUACACAUAUGAUAAAUUCUCCAGGAAUGUAGAUGCGGAGCCCAUUACUUCAGGGGAAGUGUUCACAGGAGGUGAACAAUACAUCAUUGAGCCAGCUGAAGUUAUUGCUGCACCAAGUGAGUCAAAUUAGGUCGUUGUACCAGAUGAGUCGACCAAGGUUGUUGCACCAAGCGAGACUGAAGCUGCUACAUCAAAUCAGUUGACUGAAGUUGUUGUACCAAGUCAAUUAAUCACUAAAGUUGUCGUUGCACCAGAUGAGUCGAUUGAGGCUGCUGCACCAAGUGAGACACAAGUUGUUACACCGACUCAGUUGACUGAAGCUAUUGUACCAAGUCAAUUGGCUGAAGACACACAACCCGAAGAGGUGCAACGAAGAAAAAGUCAGAGAGAAACAAAAACCCGAAGUUAUCUUGGCGAUUAUGUUUGCAAUGCUGUGAUUGCAAAAACAGGAGGUGCACAUGGUGAAUCCAAAUCAGUGAAUGAAGUAUUAACUAUCCCACACUGGUACACAGCAAUGCAAGAGGAGUUGGAAGCACUCGAUAAAAAUGAAACAUGGAGUCUUGUUCCCAGGAAAGCAGGUAUGAAUGUUGUUGGCUCGAAAUGGGUGUUUAAAAUAAAAAGAAAAUCUGAUGGAUCCGUAGAAAGGUAUAAAGCACGAUUAGUAGCUAAAGGUUAGUCACAACUUGAAGGUAUAGAUUAUGAAGAAACGUUUGGUCCAGUGGUUAAGUCUGCAACAAUAAGGAUAGUUUUAUCACUAGCUAUGAGUCUGCAUUGUCCUAUAAGACAACUUGAUAUUAAAAAUGCAUUCUUACAUGGAUUACUACAUGAAAAAGUAUAUAUGGAACAAUCUCCAGGUUUCAUGAAUUCUGAGUAUCCAGAUCAUGUUUGUUUAUUGAAAAAGGCAUUAUAUGGAUUAAAGCAAGCCCCUAGGGCCUGGUUUGAAAGGUUUUGUCUUUACUUGCUUCAUCUUGGUUUUAGAUGUAGUAGAGCAGACCCUUCUCUGUUUAUACUUAUGGUAAACAGGGAACAAUUUUGCUUCUUCUCUAUGUGGAUGACAUAAUUGUAACAGAAAGCAAUCAUGAGCAUAUUUCAGAAAUUAUUGGGAAACUUAAUGUUGAGUUUGCCAUGAAAGAUCUUGGACCUUUAAGCUUCUUUUCGGGCAUUGAUGUGUCUUACUUUCGAGGAGAAAUACAUUUGAGCCACCGCAGGUAUGCUAUUGAUAUAGUCAAGAAAGUGAAUAUGACACAAGCAAAGGCAGUUGGGACUCCAUUAGCACAAAAACAUGGAUUGCAAGAAGCUUUUGGUGAUUUAGUUGAUCCAUCAUUGUAUAGUAUUGUGGGAAGUUUACAGUACUUAACACUCACUAGACCCGACAUAACACAUGUUGUAAAUCUUGUAAGCCAGUUUAUGAAAAAGCCCAACACAUUUCAUUUGCAAUCUCUUAAGAGAAUUUUAUGAUAUGUCAAGGGUACUUUAGAUUA